AUGCAAGCCACUCAAGUGUGUUACAUUCCUUACCCAAGUUCGAAAACAAACAACUCGAACUGGUUGGCUGUAUUUAAAGUUAAACCUCAUGGUUGGACCGAUGAAAAUGAUCCUCAGAAAGACGUUGCUUUCCAAGAAGAUGAAGUUGAAUCAAAUGAAAUCAUUAUACCAAGUGAAGCCGAUACAGACAAUUCUGAUCAUCACAGAAUGUCAAGCAACGGUUCAGAUAAUGAGAAUAAUAUUGAUGAAGAAGGUGAAAUUCAUAAGGACGACGAUGAUGGUAUUCAUGACAGCGAGGGUAGUUAUGAGUAUAGUACAUCAAGCAACAAAGACGAAGAGGAUGAAGAAGAGGAGGAAGAAGAUAAUGACUAG